AUGGCUGGUGCAGAGGAACCCCCUAUUCGAGACGAUGGCUUGAAUGUGAUAUACGACAACGGGAAAAACGCCAAAUAUGACAUCAUCUUCGUCCACGGUCUCAGGGGCCAUCCUCGUAGGACAUGGGAGGCCGUCAACCCAAGUGAUCCGGCUGAGAAGGUGUUCUGGCCAAAAGAUCUGCUGCCGACCACCUUCCCCGAGUCCCGGAUCUUCAGUUUCGGGUACCUGUCGGAAUUCGUGACUUUCUAUCCGUCUCUAGCUCCUAUAACGCACACUUCUAUUGAUAACAUCUCAACUACUCUGAUUGAGAGACUGGACACAAAGCGGCGGGCCACACACACUGAACAACGCCCACUAUUCUUUAUCGCUCACUCACUGGGCGGCCUAGUCUGUGCCAAUGCCCUGUCUCAGCGUUACAGUCCAAACUUUGCCGGCCGGGAGGUUGUCGCCCAUACACGUGGAGUCAUUUUUCUUGGGACCCCAUUCCAAGGGUCCUCGAAAGUGACCUGGGCAAAGACAGCUGAGAGAUUGUGUCGUUUGGUAGCCGACAGCAACGACCAAAUAAUCAGGGAUCUCGAUAGGAAGUCCGAUAUACUCAAGAAAAUUGGGACGGAUUUUCUUAUAUUCGUCCGGGAUCGCUACGUAACUCGGAAUGAAUAUCUCCUUCAAGUGGCUUGCUUCUUUGAAACCAAGUCUACCAAAAUUAAAAUAAAGGGAAUUAAGACGGAUCUCGGCCAUAUAGUGACGGAAGACUCUGCUACAUUAGCCAACUAUAAACCGAUUGCAAUCAAUGCAGACCAUCGCACGAUGUGCCACUUCCCGGACUGCGAGACUACUGGAUACAUCGACGUUACUGGGAAGUUGAAGCAGAUGAUUGCAAACAUGGACAAGGGUGUCUAUAGCCUAAAGGAAGCUGGGAGGAGUAUUACGGUCAGCGACACUUACUUCGGUGAAAACUUUCAUAACUACGGGAUCGCUACUGGCAAUAUAAUCGGAACCACACCGAAUGCGAACAACCUCACUGUUUCACCUACGUCCUGUGGUGGCUAA